AUGAAUGUUGAUACUCAAGAAGUGAACAUUAUCAUGGACAAAAACAACACAGAGGUACAUGAUGAUAUUGUUGGCAGUGGAAACAUUGUUGAGCAACCGACAGAAAAUGUAGAGGUUGAAAUGCUUACAGAGAAAACAAAGCACACAGAGAAACCUUUGGACAGUGGAAUGAAUACUGCUGAACCUAUUUGCCCAAAUAGUUCUUUUGUUGAUGUUGUUCCUUCUCUGGUGUCUUUUGAUGAUAAUAAAAUGCUUAUGUCUCCCUUCAUGGUCACUAAAGUCAAGCAGGUUAUCUUUUCUAUGGGGCCGGAUAAGGCUCCUGGUCCAAAUGGGUAUACGACCCUCUUUUUCCAAAAAAGUUGGGAUUUUUUAGGUAAUGAUAUUGUGUCUACUCUUGAGGAGUCCAGGAGAAAUCGGUCUAUUCUUAAAGAAAUGAAUACUACUUUGAUAGCUAUUAUUUCAAAAGUAGAUAACCCUGCAUCCUUUGUAGAUUUCUGGCCAAUUUCUCUUUGCAAUACUUUGUACAAAAUUUUUACUAAGGCAAUUUCUAUUCGUUUGGCUAAGAUCAUUAUAGCUGAACAAGGGGGCUUUGUUCCAGGUAAAGAGACAUUGAAUGGGGAAAUUUCUUCCCAUGAGGUCCUUUAUUCUAUUGUAUCACAGAAACUUCUAGCUAUGAUGCUCAAGUUGGACAUGAUGAAAGCAUAUGAUAGGGUUGAUUGGGGGUCUUUGUGUGCAAUUUUAGCAUAA